AUGGGUGUUGCCGCGGGUCCAGCUCCCGCUUCCAGAGCCGCGGAAGCCUCGACGGAAUAUGCUCUCAAGGAGACUGCUGCGCCUGCAUGCUCUGCAGUGAAGGAAGCGAUGCGAGCAGCAGCUGCGGCAGCUUCUGCGGCGAGGGCAGCGCUUGCUCGCAAAAUCAUUGGACCCCACAAAAUCCACGUCAAGGGGCGGCAUAGCCGCAAUAGCCAGGGGCCGUGCAGCCGCUCAAACUCUGCAGCUUCUCGCUCCUCUACACGCGCAGACGCAGCUCCGUCCGCUUCUUCGGCAAGCUUCCCCGAAGCCGCUCCUGGCUGUCUUUGCAGCUCAGCGAGGCGAACUGAGGAGUGCAGCUGGGGCCAGAAAACGGCAUGGCACUUAACGCCGGCAAGCUCAGCCCCUCAUGCUGCUGCUGCUUCUGCUGCAUAUUUCUGCACACCUGAAUUAGCAGCUCCGCAAGGCGCGAGGCCAUUGCCUCAGCUCCCUCUACGGAGAUUACGGCUGCCUCGCGUAGCCGCCGCUUGGCAUGCAGCCGUUGCGGGGGUUGCUUUUUCUCGAGCUGCACCAAGACAUCUUGCAGCAAUCCCUCUUCCAAGAGCAACGGCGGAAGCUCAUCUAGCCACUCCCCCAUGA